AUGGAUGAUGACGAAAUAAACAAAGAGAAACCCAUGGUCCACAUAUCCAUAAAGGAAAGACAAAUAAGAAUAUCUCAGUUGUUAAACUCCAAUAAAAAUGAUAAGGGACCCACCAAAACAGUAGAGUUUAAUCUGUUAGAAGAACAAAAGAACUCAAAAUGUGUAAAUAAAUUUAAUAUGGAAAAAAGACAACUAAGCCUUAAAAAUACAGCUAUAGCUGAAAAAUUAAAUAAUGCCUUAUUUUCUAAAGGGAAUAGUUGCACAGAUAAUACAUUAAUAUCUUAUGAUAGAAAAAAUACAGAUCAAUCAAAAGAAUUGAAUUUAAAAAAUAAAGAUGUAGGAUCUCUUAAAAAAAUGGAUUAUUCUCUUUUAAAUAAGAAAAUAAGUGAAAAUUAUAAAAAUCAAUUAAGUAAUGUUUUGCUUAUGAAAAAUAAUAAUCCUCAAACUUUAUAUUAUAAAAAUGCUCCAAAAAAAAAAAAAGAUACUGAUAUAUUUGAAAAAGGUAUUAGUAUUGAAGGUGUUUUAAUCAACAAGAAAGUAGAUAAUUCUAAUGAAGAUAAUGAAACUGAAAAAAAAAAACAUAUUUUGAAAUUAUUUUCAAAAAAUAGUUUUCAUGUUAAUAAACAUGAUACUACUAUGGAAAAAAAUAAUAAUUCAUUACAAAAAGAAAUGAAAAGUUAUUAUAAAAAUAAAACAUUUACAGACAGGUUUUUACAUCUAAAACAUGAAUCAUAUAAUUCAGAGGAUAUCAACUCAGAAACUACCUAUAAAAAUAAAACUAUAGUUGAAAAUACAACAACAAUAAAUAGAAACAAAAAAAAAAUGUUUUCCUAUUUUAAAAAUAUAUGCAAGAGAAGAAAACAUAAAAUAAAUUCAAAACAACAAUUACACAGUUCACAGUCAAACAGCACUACUUCUAUUCAAUCAUUAAAUGAAAAUGAAAAUAAAAAUAAAAAUAAAAAACAUUCCAAAUUUUUCUUUUUUUGUGUAAAAUGA